CCAAAACGACAACAUACUCCUAUACCUAUACCUGCUUCUUUUUUUUUUCCUUCUUCUUUCUAUUGCUAGUUGCUGAAAAUUCCAAGUGAACCGGUUCACAUUGUUUUUGACACCAGAAACAUUUAUAAAGGAAAGCGAUUUCAGCUACCAACAAGUUCAACUUCACGCAUUGGAAAACACGCUUACGCAUUCCUUUGUCGGUUACUGGUUUUUUGGGACUUUAUUAGAUUGCCAAACUUGUACUAGAUUUAUUUCUUACCUGUUUAGUUUGAAUUGGCGGCGAGGUUGGUUGUUUUCGGUUAGAUUUCAUUUGUUUUAUAGGAUUGCGAUUUUUGUGGUGUGGAAUUGUUCUUAUACUAGGUUGAUAUUUGGGUGGGUUUUUGAACUAUUUCUGAGUAUUAUUCAAAUUCAAGAUCUUCUUGGCUUAAUUUGAUGGUGUCAUUGGGAUCAAAAAUGAAUGGAACUUCUGAAAAUGGAUACUCAAAUGGUUCUGUUCAUAGUAUAAACAGUAAUUUUGAAGAGAAGCUUGACGAACUUCGUAACCUAAUGGGGAAAGUGGAUGGUGAUCCGUUGAGAAUAGUUGGCGUCGGUGCUGGUGCAUGGGGCAGUGUCUUUACAGCUAUGUUACAGGAUGCUUAUGGUAGUUUUAGAGAUAAAACUUUGAUUAGGAUAUGGAGAAGACCAGGAAGAACCGUCGAUAGGGCCACAGCUACGCAUCUGUUUGAGGUCAUCAAUUCCAGGGAGGAUGUGUUGAGGAGGCUAAUUAGGCGCUGUGCUUAUUUAAAAUAUGUUGAGGGAAGAUUGGGUGAUAGGGUUCUUCAUGCAGAUGAGAUCUUGAAAGAUGGGUUUUGUUUGAAUAUGGUUGAUACUCCUCUUUGCCCUCUCAAGGUUGUCACCAAUUUGCAGGAGGCUGUAUGGGAUGCUGACAUUGUGAUUAAUGGCUUGCCAUCCACGGAAACCCGUGAGGUGUUUGAAGAAAUUAGUAACUACUGGAAAGAGAGAAUCACAGUUCCUGUCAUUAUUUCCUUGGCAAAGGGUGUUGAGGCUGAAUUGGAUCCUGAGCCGCGGAUCAUAACACCUACUCUAAUGAUCAGUCGAGCAACUGGAGUCUCCAUUGAAAACAUCCUCUAUCUUGGAGGUCCAAACAUUGCCUCUGAGAUUUACAACAAAGAAUACGCAAACGCUAGAAUAUGUGGAGCAGAAAAAUGGAGGAAACCAUUGGCAAAGUUUUUGAGACAACCCCAUUUUAUAGUGUGGGAUAAUGGCGAUCUUGUUACACAUGAAGUUAUGGGUGGAUUAAAGAAUGUAUAUGCUAUUGGAGCAGGGAUGGUAGCUGCUUUGACAAACGAAAGUGCCACCAGCAAAUCAGUGUACUUUGCUCACUGCACAUCUGAGAUGAUUUUUAUCACUCAUCUAUUGGCAGAAGAACCAGAGAAACUUGCAGGCCCUCUCUUGGCUGAUACUUAUGUAACCUUGUUGAAAGGUCGUAAUGCAUGGUACGGACAAAAGUUGGCCAAAGGAGAAUUGAGCCUUGAAAUGGGUGAUAGCAUCAAAGGCAAGGGAAUGAUUCAGGGAGUCUCUGCUGUUAAAGCAUUCUAUGAGCUACUGAGUCAGUCCAGCUUAAAUGUCCUAGAUCCCGAUGAGAACAAGCACGUUGCCCCAGUGGAGCUUUGCCCUAUCUUGAAGAUGUUGCAUAAAAUACUAAUAAUAAGGGAAUCUCCGGUACAGGCUAUUCUUCAAGCAUUGCGAGAUGAGACGAUGAACGAUCCUCGGGACCGUAUUAAGAUCGCACAGAGCCAUGUGUUUUACCGGCCAUCUCUUCUUGGUCAGCAGUCUUAGAAUCCUAAUCUCAUGGGUUUGGCAGAUGAUUUUACAAUUGCUGAAUGUAAAUCCGAGUAUCUUUGUGCUUCUUCAUAUCCACCUCCCUGAAAUCUACAUUCCUUAAAAUGAGUAUUUGUUGCAUGAGCACAGUAUAUAGAUACGACCAAUCAAAAGUUCAAGAUAUAUUAAAAUACUAUUAAAAAGACGUGAUAAUUGCACGAGCUAUUUUAAUAAUAUUUUGAAUAUUUAGUUGGUUGUGUCUAUAGGGACUGGAUUAAUGCAAGAAUCGCUCCAACAAAGGUGUCUUAUUAUUUAUAUGUUGAACUCUGUUAUUCAUUCGGGCAUGCUUCAGAGAAGGCAUGUACGUUAUCUGAUCAAGUCUGUACAUGCUUGUCUAGUUAUCCCUGUGACUGACUAUAGUUAUUCCGCUGGUGAGUUAGUUUUCUGUUACCAAAUUGGGUGAGUUAGUUAUAGAAGCUGUAUAUAUAAAAGUGCAUCUUGUAAUUGCAACUUUCAUUUCCUAAUUGAUCAAGAAAUGAGGAUCAAAGCUUCUAAUA